UGAAAGCAAGGCCGUGCGUUCACUGUCUGCGGUGUUCAGUAGCUUAUUCAGUUCAGUACUGGGCCAGCCGUCGUGCAGUGAACAUAGAAAGACACGACGGAGUGCCAGGGGCUCACUUUGCAUUUCACUGUCAAACUGACGACAAGACCGCGAGUCGAUAGAAAGUGGUCACCGCGUCUUUCACUUCUAUAAACCUUGCUCGUGAGUGCUCGACAAUAGCUGCUGAAAAUGGAUAACUCUAACACUAACGGACACGUAGCGACAGUGGACUCACAGGCCAAGCUGGGAUGGAGGCUGAAGUUCUGGGAGCAGCGGAGGCACUUGGUGGCCGUUCUGGCCUUCUUCGGCUUCUUCAAUGUCUACUCACUAAGGGUGAAUCUCAGUGUCGCCAUAGUAGCUAUGAACUCUGUCUACAAAGUCACUCUACCCAAUGGCACUACAAUUGAGCAACAAGACUUUAACUGGGACUCGAAACUGCAGGGAGUGGUACUUGGUUCAUUUUUCUACGGCUAUAUUGGCACUCAGCUGCUGGGCGGUUGGAUGGGAGCGCGCUACGGUGGAGCCACCGUAUACGGCAUUGGCGUCACCUCUACGGCAGUGCUCACACUCAUCACUCCCUUCUUGGUCAAUAUUAGUGUAUACUGGCUCAUCUUGAUUAGAAUUGUCGAAGGUCUUUACGAGGGAGUGACGUAUCCCUGCAUCCAUGCUGUGUGGGCAAGGUGGGCUCCCAUAUCGGAGAGAUCUCAAAUGGCUUCACUGGCAUUCUCGGGGAGUUUUGUUGGAACAGUGAUAGCCAUGCCAGCAUCUGGCCUUAUAGCAAAGUAUUUAGGAUGGCCAUAUGUCUUCUAUAUCACUGGUAUUGUGGCAUUGAUCUGGUGUGCGAUAUGGUUUAAAAUAGUUGAAAACGACCCGGCAGAUGAUGCUUACAUCUCAGCUGAAGAACUCAAAUAUAUUCAGGACUCUUUGGGAUCUUAUGGAAAAUCAAAGAUAACUCAUCCAUGGAAAAAGAUUGUAACCUCAAUGCCUGUAUGGGCAAUAGUCAGCGCUCAUUUCUGUGAAAACUGGGGAUUUUAUACAUUACUUACACAACUUCCAACAUUCAUGAAGGAUACUUUGAACUUCAGGCUUGAGUCGGCUGGUUUUGCUUCUUCUCUGCCCUACUUGGUUAUGGCUAUCAUAAUGCAAUUUGCUGGAAGGCUAGCAGACAGACUGACAAACAGUAAAGUUCUCUCUGUGACCACGGUGAGAAAGCUCUUCAACUGUGGAGCAUUCAUUAGCCAGACUAUUUUCAUGAUAUCAGCCGGGUACCUGCUAACUCCAGGAGGAGUUAUAUUGUGUCUUGUGAUGGCUGUAGGACUAGGAGCUUUUGCAUGGCCCGCAUUCAGCGUUAACCAUUUGGAUAUAGCACCGCAGCAUGCAAGUGUACUCAUGGGAUUCUCAAAUACAUUUGCUACAAUACCUGGAAUUGUAAGUCCACUCAUCACCGGAUAUAUAGUAACGAAUAAGCAAGCAUCAGAAUGGAGGAUGGUGUUCUAUAUAGCAGGUGCUAUUUAUUUAUUUGGGGCGAUUUUCUACGGAACAUUUGCUUCCGGCGAAAGACAAGAAUGGGCCAAGGAUGAAGUGAACGAGACUAAGAAAAUAGAAGAGAAGAACAUGAGCUACGACAAUAAAGCAAUGACAACGGAUACCGUAUAAAACAAAGGAGAACACUUUUUAAUUUCUUUGAGUGUGAAGAGACACAAAUAACUACAAGCAAUACACCUUUAGGAAUUCUCUAAAAGGAAGUAGAGCUAAAUGUACUGUAAGUCUGUAAGAGGUCUUAUGCUAGGAAUUCUUAUGUAUUCUAGAGAAAGGAGAGCUAAAUGAAAAGUAUGAGAUCUUCAUGCAAGGUAGUCUCAUGAAGAGACAACAUACUCUUGAUAACUCAUUUCUCAAGGUAGCACUCUUGAAUAUGGUACUCUCUCAAAGGAAUUCAAAAUAAUGAAUUGAGCUCUUUUUUGUACCUCACUUUUCCAAAAAAAUUGUCUUAUGAUUGAGAGUGAAUAAAAUACAAAGACAAAUAAUACAAUAUAGGAUUUACUUUGUUAAAGUAUAAGAACAUUUUCGUUAGGGGUCAAGAACAAUGUAGGCUACAAAACCCUAAAUUCUGAACAUUCAAAAACUAAAGAAUGAGUAAUUUAAAAAAAGGAGUUUUUAUGAAUAUUUCCAAUUUUUGGAAAUACAUACAAUGUGCUUGAAAAUUAUAAUACUAUUACCUAUUUUUCAAUGAUUUACUGAGAAUUAUUGGUGAUGAUUGUUUUAAAAACUAUUAAAGCACAAAUAAAAUAUGUUAAUCUCUUUUGUUAAAAUGACAUUAUUCUGGGUAGGAUGUUUUGAGGACAUAACCUAGCAUCUGUGAUAAUUUAAAAGCAUUAAGAACAAAACUUUUACAAAAAACCUAAUGCCUGAUCUCAUAAAAAUCAAGUAAAUAACGCAUUUGAAUGAAAUUGGAAUGGGAUCACAUCUCAAAGAUUACAUGCCAUACAAAUUUCAAUGAUAUUGAGCCUGAGUUGUGAGUCUUUUGAAAUUGUCUUUUAUUAUGUGCCACAUUUAAAGCUUUUGUUUUUAGAGAGAGAAAAAGUUAUCUGUAUCACUUGAAAUACACCCGAAUUUAUAAACCUUGAAGACUUCUGAUGUAUUCACUGCACCAUGUUUUAUUCAGAAUUGAAUCAUCAGUCUACAAUAAUUAUUUUGUUUCGUCCAUUCAUGUGAGUUUGAUUUUAGGAUUUGAUAUUACAGUAAUUUCAAUGAUUGUUUUGUUUUAAUACUGACUGUUACAAUAAAAAAAUUGAGAAACACGAAUUAACUUCUUUCAUAGCCUCCUUCACUUUCCAAUAGUAUCCUCAAAAUAUAAUAAUUUCAUAUUCAUGCCAUGAUAAUGAAUCUUCACAUUCUCAACAAUAGCAAUGGAGUUUAGAAAUUUUGUUGUUUCAACCAUAAACUUGAAAUAGAAUGACAGCCUUUAUUUUUCCUAGAGAGCGAAGUUAGGGCGUAGUCGGCCUCUCUUACACUCAACUCUCUAUUACAUAUUCUAACAAUACAAAGAGAAAAUACAAAUAAUAUGAUUAAAAAACAAUAGGUAUCUACUCAUUUAAAAUAAUAAUUUUUAAUUAUUGAAAAGAAAGAGUAAAAAAUACAUUGAAAAUAAUACAUAACAAUGCUGAAUAAUAGUAUUAUUUAUCGUAAAUACUAUUAUUGAAAUCUCAGUACAGUACUGAUACUAUACUGAAAUCGUAGUUUCUUCAGUGUAUUUGAGCUUGAGAGAAAUCUCCUAAUUGAUUUUCUAAGGAAUGGACUAAUGCAAAAGUUUUAAGAUUGGGGGUAAAUCAAAUACAAAUGAAACAACACAAUCAACAUUCUACAAGAGUAUUUUAUAUUUGUAAAAUGUCCUUCACAUUAUAUCAACCAGUUAUAUACAAUCACCAAAAUAUGAAUCAAACUUGCCUUUGGAAACAGCCUGCCGAUUGAAAUUGAACAUACAUACAAGUAGCUGACAAGUUGAAAAUAUUUACAAACGAAAAGUUAGAUUAUAGCUUUAUAAUUUAUUACUGCUUUGCAGUUAGAAGUAGUACAGUCUUUUAAUUUGUUUAACAACCUCAAUAGUCUAACUACUUUUUUGGAAUGUACAUUAUACAAUGAUUUAAAAUUACAAUAGUAUGCUAAAAGCCACGGAUUUUAAUAACAGUUUUCUGAUUUCUAUGGUAGCCUAAUUAAAAAA